GGAGAAUCGUGUCUGGUCGCUCGAAGUUGACAUCUAGGAUGAGAGGACAGUUCUCAGACGCCCCGCUCAGCUGUUGAAUGACUGCUCGCUGCUAUGGAUCCUCAGUCGCCUAUGCGGCCACCUAGUGACCCCAUUUGGGCUUGCCUCGAGGACACGCUUCUAUGCACUCCUUGACAGCUCUCCGGUCCAACCUGUCUUAGCUUGCGUUCGCCCAUUCCUAUCAGGCACCGCCUCGCUGAACUGCGGCCAGUUCUUCCUACCUCCCAGCCAGCCAUCCACACUAAGCGUUGAUGUGGUAGUUAUCUGGCGCCACCACGACAGCAACUUAUGAAUGGGCGCGAGUCCAAUCUUACACGUUCCCGAGUCCCAACACAGCUUCAAGUCUUCUGACGGCUCCAGGGGCGUUCAACAAGCGCCGUCCGCACAUAUAUAACAACUGUGGAGCACUCGAAGAUCUUCUGCUUAUCUGCCUUCCACCCCGUCCCGAUGCCCGCUUUAGUGCCUCUCGAUAAUAGUGUCGGUGCUCUUUCCAUUGGCGUCACGGUUGCAACCAUGUUAUUUGGGAUCAACUGCAUGCAGUCUUUUCUCUAUUUCGCCGAACACAGCCAGAAAGAUGGCCUUGCACUCAAGCUUUUCGUUGGACUGCUCUGGUUGUUGGAACUCAUCACUGCCGUCCUUAUCAACCACGGCAUAUUCUUCUAUACAGUCUCCAACUGGGGGGAUCUGAGUGUCAUCAACGAGCCAACCGUCUGGUGCGUGCCCUCAUCGAGUAGUCUUCCAUCUCAGAAUCGUAAACCGGUCGCAGGAGUAUUUUGGUCGAAAUUGGGCUCAGUGUUCACAUUCGUAGCCCUAAUGGUCCAAGGGUUCUUCGCUCACCGAGUGUAUAUCCUCGGUGGCAGGAGGAAGAUCCUCCCGGGAAUCAUAAUAUUUUUGACGCUAGCCCAAUUUGGUCAGAAUGUUCGAAAGUCAGGUUAUCUCAAGAGCGCUCAUCAUCGUUCCGUUCGACAGCAAUGGGAAUUGUCUAUACGAAAGUGUCGAGGUUCAAGCGACUACGUGCGUUUCAUUUUACUUGAUGUGAGCCCUACCGAAAUGGAACAGCCAUAUGUCAUGCCGCUCUUUGGUCUGGAACUCUCCGCCGACAUGCUGAUUGCAGCGGGUUUGAUAUAUUACCUGCGUCAACAUGUGAAACGCAGCGCAAUCCGGGAAACACAGCACAUCAUUUACGUGCUCAUCAAAUAUGUCGUGAAUACUUGUGCACUCGAAGUCUUGUGCCUGGCUCCGCUCAUUGCGCUGUGGUUCUACGAAGCCGAUACGUUGAUCUUCAUUCCUUUUGUGUUGGUGAUGCCUCGAGUAUACUCUCUAUCGCUUCUCUGCUCUUUGAACAAUCGAGACAAUCUGCGAGAGAUUUCAAACGUCAACCCGGAUAUCGACUUGUCCAUUCACUCUGCCGCUUUCCGCACGGGCGAAAACAUCUACAGAAGUCACGUGGAACUGUCUCCCACCACCUCGACCAAGAGCGCCACUCGAAUAUACUUGCAUCACAGUGUGAUCACCGAUGGAGAACGCCCUGAAUCUAUUGCCGGUCCUUUCACCCCGAAGAUGGCCGUUUGAAAGCGCGAGAGCGUGAUGUAAAUUUGUAAAUGUAAUACCAAUAUAACUACCUACGAGUACCAGUCCUGUAGAUACGAUAAUGACAAGUCCCGGCAUCUUGUGCUUUACG